ACAACAUCAAGCCUUUCCUCCACCUGUUUCGUUCUGAAUUGUUUCAUUUGCUUAUCCGGUGUUGUUUUUCAGUCAAAAGCUUAGUUAGUCAUGACAAUUGCAACAAUUAAAAAGUGCUCAACAGCUCUGUUUUUUCUACCUAGAUGGACCACGUCGUGACGAAUCUGCAAAUCCGUAGCUCAAACUAAUGGCUUAACUGGAAUGGGAACUUCCCCGGGAAACCAGUUUCCAUGGAGCCACGCCGAGAUACGUUUGUUUACAUCCCAUCGACCACUCUUGGUGACGUUGAUGUCCUGACAGAUGUGUCCAAUUUGCUUCAAGUGUGACGUUCGAAAAGUAGCGGUAAUGGUACAGGUGUUAGAUUAAAGGCAACAAAAAGAAGCAAAUAUGUCGGAUAUAUUGUGCAAGUGGCUAAACGAGGAGCUUCGGCUGUCAAAAGUUGUCGAUCCAAAUACCUUUGCUAAGGAUUUCUCAAGUGGUUACCUCAUCGGUGAAGUUCUACAAAAAUAUGGGAUGCUUAAUGAUGUCAGCGUGUUCACAAAGACAGACACCUCCAUGUCCAAACUGAACAAUUUCACUCAUCUGGAGCCAACUCUCCAUCUGCUCGGCAUCUCCUUCGACCUGACCACAGCUCAAGGGCUGAUGCAGGAGAAGGUGGGCGUUGCCACUCAUCUGCUCUAUCAGCUCUACGUCUCACUGGAAAAGAAGAGGAAGUCUGAGAUGAGCAAGGCAACCAUGGAAAUUAUGCAGCCUGUGGCCAUCACUACCCUGCAGAAAAAAGAUCACCAAGUCUUCUCAGAUCGAUUCUCACACGUUUCGGGAAAACAUGAUGCAGAGGUGCUGCAGUUGCAGAAAAUGACUCAACACUACACUGACAAGAAACGCUAUCAGAUGGACGACAAGUCAGCCCAUGCAAAGAGUCAACACAGAGUCCAGGAUGAGAAGAGAGGCAUUCACAUGAGGAAGUUUAAUCGUCCAAAGUACAGUGACAUCAUCACGAUUCAAAACCAGGCCACUGAUGUCCAGGUGCCCAAGCCGCCUCCCUACUCUUCACUGGUCAACCUGAGGAGACAGAAGAGGCAUCAACGCAAAGAGCAACAAGCACAGAUAGUCGAGACUGAAAUUGCUCAGUUUGAGACAAACAGGAAGAAGCUGGCCACUUCAGGCUUUGCUUCUUCUUCAGGUGGUUUAGACGCUUCGCUGGCGAGCAGCACUCAAGGCUGUGGUAAAGGUGGAAAUGAACUGAUGCUCCAGUCCAGCAGUAAGUACAUUCAGGACAUCCGCCAGAGGUUGCAGGAGAAUGAAGCAGCUUCUGAGCAGAGAGAGAAGAGACGAAACAGAUGCCUGAUAGAGCAGCUCAAGGCCCACGAAGCUCAAGAGGAGAGAAGGCGAGAAGAGCAACUGGUGAGAUAUCUGACAGGCCAGACUCUGCAAGAGAAGCGUUUGGCAGUGCAGCUCCUCCAGAUGCGCAAGCAGAAGGAUGCGUUCCGGCAGAACCGCCUGCUCAAAGAGCAGCAGUUCCAGCAACAGAGGGAGAAGGAAUUCCGGGAAGCUCUGGAAAGGGAGGCGGCCCUGACCAGACAGGCUCAGCUGGACUGUGCAGAAGAGAUUCGGCUAGAGCUUGAAUUCUGCAAGAAGAUGGCUGAGGAGUGUGCACAGAACAGAUCCAAGAAGCAUUUUGAGAAGUGCAAAGAGAUUUUGGAGCAGAUUGUGGACUUGGCUACCAAAGUUGGAGAAUAUCGUCUGCUCACCGCAAAUUUAAUUCCAGCGAAGCUGAUGCUUGAAUGGAAGGAAUUGCUGUUAAAUGGGUUGCCUCUAUAUGAGCAGCCACGGCCCACAUCACCAGACCCCGUCGAGCUUCAGAAACAGGAGAUACUCAACAACCAGGACUAUGAUGAAUACACUAACAUGGUAGGAGAGUGGACGUGGCCAGAGGAAGCCGGGGAGACAUGCUCACUGCCGGGCCCCAACAUGAUUCUCAGACAUGUGCUCUUUAUUCUGAGGAGCAUGGCCUUGCCACCGCGCCCAUCAUCGUGUCCUGGAAAUAGGAUAAAGGCGUGUGUCUUGGGCAAGUUUUGCUCUGGCAAGACCACAUGCCUGAAGAAGAUUGCUGAAGAGCUGAACAUAUGUGUCCUGUCUGUGGACACACUAGUAAAACAGGCAUUAACUGCUCAUAAGAACGGAGAGGUCACAGAAAAUAAGGAAGACAUAGAGAAUAAAGUAUUCUCCAGAGUGUUUAAAUAUGGUCAAGAGGAAAUAUUGGACACACACUUGUCAGCCCGUGCAUUACUAGGAAGAGUUGCUGCAACAGAGCUGAGCAAAGGCAGUGUCAUACCUGAUGAACUAUUGGUGGACAUUUUGGUGGAGGCUAUAAGGCUUACUCCACCUGAGUCAGGCUGGAUCCUGGAUGGGUUUCCAGUCAACGUCGACCAGGCCUACCUGUUAGAGACAGCUCUUGCUUCUCUGGAUACAGAGAACGAAUUUAUGGGCAGAAAGAUAGACCUCCUCCUUGAUCCGAAUCCGCCGACACCCCCACCCCCGCCUCCAGUGCUGGACUUGGCUGUGGUGCUGAAUAUUCCCGAUCAUAGUGUGGCGAAGCGGGCUAUCCAUCAUGCUGAUAGACAUGCUGACACGACUGCUGACAAAAAACUGUAUGUGGCCCAGAUUCCACACAGGAUUGCAACUUUUCAGGACAACUGGCCCAAACUUCAGGAAUGGUUUGAGAGUGACGGGAGGAAAAGUAUUUUGAUGAAGGUAAAUGCAGAUGUACAGAAAGAAGAGCUUUACAGGAAUAUGAAGAAGCUCCUGCAGAAGACUAUCAUGCAAAAACUGGAAGCUCCUGCAGUGCCAUCUGUUGAUGAAGUUGCAUUGGAGAAGACAGUACCUGUAGAGACAUCCCGUCCUAUGACACCCGUGCAGAUAGAACAAACACCGACCGUCACAAAUGAAGCGGUCAAAAUCGAAGAGUCAGAAUCAAAACAAACAGAGGACAGAGAUCCAGAAGGUAAGGAGGUGUCUGCUGACGCAUUACCCGAUGAGGAGUUGCAAGAAGCCCCUCCUAUUUCUUCCUCACCUGGCCCGGGUUCACCUGGCUGGGUCUAUGUGGAUGAGCCGGUAUCCUUGGAUAAAUCUGAAUAUCUGUGUCAACAAUGGGAGGCGGUAUGUGAUUCCUAUGUGAGCAGUGUAAAGUCUGUCAUGGAAGAGCUGCGCAUGGAACGCACUAUUAUUGACCAUCACUUAUAUGAUGUCAGAGAGGAGUUCAGGCAGUACCUGGAGCGACCAGACCUAAAGCAGGAAUUAGUCUCUCAGUGGCAGAAGGACUACAACAGCAUCCCUGACGAUCUGAGGCAAAACGAGGAGACCAAAGCAGAGCUAAAUCAUCGUCUUGAUGACCUGCGAGAGCAUUUGUGGGACAUUGUUGACACGCACAAGGAAGACGAUGAGUCUCAACGGGCUGUGCUCAUAGGAGAGAAGUGGUUGGAGGAUCACACCAUAGUCCUUGUCAACCAUCAUUUAAGACUCAUACAGGUGGAAAUGAGCCGUUUUCAGAACACACGAAAUAUCCUGAGAGACUACUAUCUGAAUGCGGGUCAACAGGAUCACGUUGACUGCAUCACCUUCCUGGAAAAUUCGGAUAUGGGACCUGCAAGGGAAUUACCUGAGAUCCUGAUCUCCAAACAAGACGAGGCCUUUGCAGUCAUAUCUAAAAUGGUGUCAACAGAACCUCUGCAGGUGGACCUGAGGGCAAGAGAGUUGGAAUCAAUCCAAGAGAAGGAGAGGGCCCAAGAAAAGGACAAGGAGAAGGACAAGGAAAAGGAGAAAGAAAAGGACAAGUCAAACAAAAAGAAUAAAGGGUCCCCGUCUCCGCCUCCUGCACCCAGCCCCACACCGGCUGUUGAGACCCCCAAUGUGGAGAAGACUCCCGGAGCCGUCAGACAAGUCAAAAACAAACUAAUCAAAGAAUACACAGCCGCACUCAAGCAUGAAGAGAAUGCAGCAAAGGCUCGGAUAAAGCUUGCGAAGGGCCACGGGCUGACAUUGGUCAAUUCUCUGCAAAGCAGAGCUGAACAGCUCUUUAAUGACAUGCAGGACUGGUUAGAGGCCCAUUAUGUUGCUCAAAUGAAGAGUAUUGACCAACUAACAGAGGUGGUGCGCCACUACAUAGAGACUGCUCUUCAGCUUGAGAAUGAGUUGGUGCUGGAAAGUAUUGAUUUCUAUUUCAACGGAGACUCACAACUGGUGCCGAGUCCACCGACACAACCGAGUCCACUCGCAUCAGAGAAAGCAACACCAUCCAUGCUGACCAUUGUUCAGCUGAAGUCACUCUACAACUCUUUUUGUAACGAGGCUCCAUCAGGCUUCAUAUCCAAUUCUGAGUUCUUCCGUCUUAUCAGUGACAUGGUCCCUUUUAACACUCUACCCGAACCCUGGGUGAACAUGACUGAAACACAGCUGAACGAGAUCAUUUCUCUGCUCAUGAACGAGUCUAAGCAGAUAGACUGGCGCCAAUUCCUGCUCAGUGCUGCUCUCCCAUGGCCGUAUCCCACCCUCACAGCCCUGCUGGGUGCUCGCCAGCUUUUCAAGGCAGCAGACGCUGAUGGCACAGGGUAUAUAAGCGAGGAAGAAUAUCUGCAGACAGAGUUGUGGUUUCCCGGUGAAGACGCCUCUGAGCUUUCACAUCAUGAUCGCCUUGGGAAACUACACAAGUUCUUCUUCCAGCUGUUUGCCGACCACUCAGACACCCCGCCUCGUCUGGACUACAUGUCCAUGCUCCUGUACUUCACCUCUGAUCCAGAUCCCAAGCAGGGCUUCAUCAGAGCGCUGAGUGUAAUGACAGGGCUUCAUCUCAAGUACCCGCCAUCCGGCCCUCUUGUCACGUCUGAGACCAGCCCCGAAGAGGCCAUGGCGCUCAGCUCCUCAGAGUCCGAAAAAGAACACAAGGAGGACAUGGAAGAGGAAAAAGAAGAAGAAGAAGAAGAAGAAGAAGACCACUUGGAGGAGCAGCAAAUGUCCAUCCCUACUCUCCUUUCUGUCUUGUGCCCUGAAAUGAGCAGGAUGAAAAGUGGCCUGCCGCUUCCUCCAAGCCAAGAGGUGAACAAUGAGCAUCUGGUGCAGAUAUUCGCAGAUCUGGGCUACACGCCAGAGGAUUGUGUCCCCUUUUCGGUCCUCUUGAAGCAUUCUACAUUUCAGAACCUGAUAGAGAGCACGGACAAUCACGUGUUUGUCAACAUCCAUAAUGUGCUCCAGGCCCAUCAGCCAUGAGGGACUCAACAGUCUCCUAAUUGAUGACACAUAGAUCUAUUGUGCUUUUUUUCAAAAUAUAUAUGAUUUUGCUUGUAUUGGCUGAGCGUGCACUGUUUCCACAUGUCGACC